AUGGACUUGCUACAGGAAUAUUCUUCGGGUGCAAGUGACAGCAGCAGCCCAGAAGAAGACGAAGAAGAGGUCAUUGGCAAGCAGCCUCGUCUCCAGGUUCCAGAUCCAUCCACUCAACCUCCAUUAUCUGUACCAGAAUUGAUCAUAUAUCUGCAGAACUAUUCAGACACGCAAAUGAACCGAAAGUCGAUAUUUCUAUACGUACCUUGGAAACCUACACGUGAUGCUGUUUCCAAGUUGAAUGCUGCAACUAGCAAAGUUUUGGCCGCAAAAAACAUCCUUUUGGCGGAGUACAAAUGGACUCCUAUUCACCAGCAGAGAUCCAAUUUGGGCUACCAUAUCACGUUACAUCCCAAUAUUUAUGGUGAGGAGUACAAGAUGAAAGUGCUACUGGACAACAUCAGAAAUGCUCUAAUCACUGAUGUAAAGUAUCCUAAAAAUUCCAUAGGAUAUGACGAGGAAAGACUCGAGCGAAAUAACCGUCUCAGUAAGCUAUUAGGAAAGUCAAAGGAUGAUGGGCCAGACCAAAAAUCAAUAAAUUUGCGAUUUCAGCCAAAGCUCCGAGUAUUCCAGAGUCCCAACAGUAAUAAAUUGUUUCUUUCUGGGCUCAUAGAGUACAGUGAUGAAGUUCAGCAGUUUUUUACUCUGGUGAACGAAGUGAUAGAGAACUCCGUUGACUCAUUGCAAUUGGAAAAGUCUCCCUUUUACAGCCUCGACCAUCAUCACAUAACGUUCUCGACUGGUUCUCCCAAUACAGUGGGACAGCAAUAUGAAGAAUUGGACGCCCUUAAUCAGGAAUUAGAAAGCGUAGACGUAGGUGAUAUAAUUGGCGAUGUCAAUGUCAGCAUCAGUGAAAUCGUGAUGUCGCAGCUUGGCCAGUCCCAGCAAGUGGACUCGUUCCCCUUUGAUAUAUAG